AUGUCUGGCCUAGUUGAACUCGCCCAGAGCCUCAUCGAACACGGUCCCCGCAAGUCCCUCCAGACAACGCGCCGGAUACGGGCCAUCCACAACCGCACCACCAUCGUCGAUACCACCAAGGCCGUUUACAUCUAUGAACACGACAGUUUUCCUACCAUCUAUGUGCCCCUGGUAGAUGUCAAGAAUGCUAAGUUAACCGAUCAGCAAAACAUUUCUGUGGAGCUCAAGGAGCGCGCAGCAAUUGCUCAGCUUGUCGUUCCUGGCCACGACGGUCUUAAGGAAGUGAAGAUAGACCGAGUUCUACGUUUCUUCCAGGAUGUGACUCUCGGACCAUUGUCUGAUACGGUUAGGAUCGAGUUUCGCAGUAUAGAUCAAUGGCUAGAGGAAGACGAGCCUAUCUUCGUCCACGCCAAAGACCCCUUCAAGCGCGUUGACAUACUCCGCUCAGAGCGUCCCAUCGAAGUCAAAGUCAACGGGAAGACCGUGGCGAAAGCUGCAUCGUCUAUGCAUCUUCUGGAAACAGGCUUACCAACUCGCUACUACUUACCACUUACUUCUGUUGAUCAGACAGUCCUUCAAAAGAGCGACAUGAGAAGCAAAUGCCCGUAUAAGGGAGAAGCUGAGUACUAUCACGUGGUAAUCGAUGGGAAGAGAUUUGAUAAUCUGGUCUGGUAUUACAAUCAUCCGACUCAGGAGAGCGCCGGUGUCGCGCGAUUGGUGUGCUUUUAUAACGAGAAGGUUGAUAUUAUUCUGGACGGGGAACUUCAGGAGCGCCCGAAGACAAAGUUUGCUUGA